GACAGUCAGUCGGUCUUUCUUUCAACUGGAAAUGAAUAACCAGCUACAUUUUCACACAUUGAAUAGGUGUCUUAUUAUGUCUAUUUUUUGAACUAAGAAAGAAGAUUUAAAAUAAGCAAAGCAAACGUUAGCUAACUUGCCAGGGCAACGCCCUGUCAGUAACGUUAACGUUUAGAUAGGCGUGCUAGCUAUAGCUAGCUAACCGGUUUGGACCACAGACAUAUUUACAUGGUUUGACAUACUGUACACCGAUAAAAUGGAGCUGUUUCAAGCCAAAGACCAUUAUAUUCUCCAGAGUGGCGAUCAUGCUCUUUGGUGUAGCCGAAUAGAUGGGACCAUGAACGCCAGACCUGCAACAGACCUUCUGUUAGCUUGGAACCCAGUGUGUUUGGGCCUGGUUGAGGGUCUCAUCGGGAAAAUACAACUUCAUACAGAUCUUCCUCUGGGUCUCAUACUGAUCCGCCAAAAAGCGCUGGUUGGCCAGAUGCCAGGUGACCACAAAGUCUACAAGAUCACCAAGAUAGCUGUCAUUCCUCUAUCUGAGGAAGAGCCACUGGAUCUGGAGCUGGAGCUUUGUAAGAAGCAUCACUUUGGGAUCGACAAACCAGAGAAGCUUGCACCGUCUCCAGAUGAGUCGAAGUACCUGAUGAAAACUCUGAGUCAGAUCAAGUCCAAUGUUGGGGCUCCCACUAAGAAAAAGGUCAAGGAAAACAAAGAGAAGGAACGUCUCGAGAGGCGGCUGCUCGACGAGCUGUACAAGAUAUUCAUGGACUCCGAUUCCUUCUACUACAGCAUGACUUAUGACCUCACCAACACUGUGCAGCGGCAGGGAGACACAGAAAAGUCCAACUUACCCCAAUGGAAACAGGUGGAUGACAGAUUCUUCUGGAACAAACACAUGGUCCAGGAGCUAAUUGAUCUGCAGGUUCCAGAGGUGGACUUCUGGGUGACACCCAUCAUUCAGGGCUUUGUGCAGGUGCAGGAGCUGGUAGUGAAUUACAACGAGAGCCCAGAGGAGGAGAAGAGCAGCCCCGAUACGCCGCUCCAGGAGCUCACCUGCGUGGACGACAUCCACCCGCGCUUCACCGUGGCCCUCAUCUCCCGCCGCAGUCGCCACCGUGCAGGGAUGCGGUACAAACGCAGAGGGGUAGACACAGAUGGACACGUGGCUAACUUUGUGGAGACAGAGCAGCUGAUACACGUGCACAACCACUCACUGUCUUUUGUGCAGAGCCGCGGUUCGGUGCCUGUCUUCUGGAGCCAAGCAGGCUACCGCUACAACCCCAGGCCUCGACUGGAGAAAGGAGAAAAGGAGACCAUUCCUUACUUUGCUGCUCACUUUGACGAACAGCUCAACCUUUACAAGAAGCAGGUCAUCAUAAACUUAGUGGACCAAAGUGGGCGUGAGAAGAUUAUUGGCGACGCAUAUCUCAAACAAGUCCUUCUGUACAACAAUCCAAACCUUACAUAUGUCUCUUUUGACUUCCAUGAGCACUGUCGAGGUAUGAAGUUUGAGAAUGUGCAAACGCUGACAGAUGCCAUCUCUGAUAUUAUCGCAGACAUGAGAUGGGGCUGGGUGGACCAGGCAGGAGUCAUCUGCCAUCAGGAGGGCAUUUUCCGGGUCAACUGCAUGGACUGUCUGGACAGGACCAAUGUAGUCCAGGCUGCCAUAGCUCGUGCAGUAAUGGAGGCACAGCUGAAGAAACUGGGUGUGAUGCCCCCUGAGCAGCCUCUGCCGCUCAAGUGCUACAGGAUCUACCAGGUCAUGUGGGCCAACAACGGCGACACCAUCAGCAGACAGUACGCCGGCACAGCCGCCCUCAAGGGAGACUUCACCAGAACGGGGGAGAGAAAACUGGCCGGGGUGAUGAAAGAUGGCGUGAACUCAGCCAACCGCUACUAUCUGAACCGCUUCAGGGACGCAUACAGACAAGCAGUCAUUGACCUGAUGAUGGGCCAUCCUGUGACAGAGGACCUGUACUCCAUUUUCAGUAAGGAGAAGGAGCAUGAGGAGAAAGAGCAGGAGAGCCAGAGAGUAACCCAGGAGCAGGUCAGCCUCCUGCUACAGACUUACAUGCAGCUACUGCUGCCCGACGACGAGAAGUUCCAUGGUGGCUGGGCCCUCAUCGACUGUGACAUGAGCCUUAUUGAUGCAACCAGCAAAGACGUGGAUGUUCUCCUGCUGUUAUCCAACAGUGCAUAUUACAUUGCAUACUAUGAUGAGGAAGCUGACAAAGUCAAUCAGUACCAGCGCCUCAACUUGGAGGGUUUGGAAAAGAUUGAAAUAGGCCCAGAACCUACUCUGUUCGGGAAGCCCAAAUUCUGCUGUAUGCGUCUACACUACAAGAAUGAGGAGACAAGUGGGUAUUUUCACACACUGAGGGCUGUCACAAGGAAUCCUGAGGAUGACGGUAAAGACACGUUACAGUGCAUAGCUGAGAUGCUUUGCAUAACAAAGCAAUCCAUGGGACUUGACAUGCAGGUGAUUGAAAAGAAACUGGAGAGAAGGCACAGUAAACCUCACGAGGACAUCACGGGCAGACACCCUGACCAGGUCCUUGGCAGCUCUGGUCUGGCUCAGGGAAAGAGCUUCCUCCUCAACAAGUUCUCCUCUCUCAACCAGAGGGUGAAAAAGUCCAAUGUCAACAUGGGCUCCUUCAAGGGGAGGCUGGGCAACACCUUCUCCACUAAGCCCGACGUGAACUUCCUGAAGCCCACCAUUGGGAUCACCCUCUGGAAGUCUGACAGCAGCUUGGAGACCUCCGAGGGGGCAAACACCGGCCCGGCUCUGAAGGACCUCUGUGACAACCACUCGGAGAUGUCAUCCGACUCAGAUUCGUACAACUCGGAUGAACACCUGCGCUCCGGCUCCUUGGAGAAUGUGGACUACGUGCUGCCCAGCUGCGGCAUCGUGGCAUCAGCUCCGCGGCUAGGCAGCGUGGAGCUUAACAUCAGAGUCACUGGCUGUGACAGUAAGCAGGGGGCUCCGGCUCUAGCCGGUCCUGAAGACCAGUCUCCCGAUGCUACCUCAGAGGGUGAGGAGGCCAUCCUGAUAGACUUUGGAACGCCUAUUGAUGCCUAUUGCCACCAAUUCAUCCAAGAUGCGCAGACCAAACCUGUGGAGGUAUUCGGGGAGCAGAUGACUGGUGGCAUCCCCACACAGAACCCACAUGUCCCUUCACAUGCUAAAGGUCCCCUGGCCCCAGACGAGCAGCCAGGUUCAGAUCAGAAGGUGCAGGCGAAGGAGCUCCAGCUCCCUCCCAGGCCAUCCCAGCUAGAUGUUACCUCCAGACCCAAUCUCCUGACUGCCCAGAAGCUCAGCUCGGCAGCUUCUGGCAGCUCCCAGAGGAGCCUGGGCUCUCACAUGGAUGGCAGCCUGGGCCCCUUGCCCGCCGACGGUAACGGCAGUCGAGUAGUCUCCCCCUUUGCCAAGAUCAAGAGCUCCAUGGUGCAGGUGGCCAGCCUGACCCAGGCCGGACUUACCCAAGGCAUCAACUUUGCCGUGGCAAAGGUGCAGAAAAGCCCAGAGCCAGAAAUGGCCGGUCUCAAUGAGACACAAGAGAACGAGCUGAAGGCAAUGUUUACACAGUGCCAGACGAGGAUCAUACAGAUCUAGCACUUCUAAAGUUGUAGCCUCUAAGCAGGUUUUUGUACAGUUAGUAGUAUAGUAUGUGACUUCCAGUACAGUAGCUAGCAGUAGCAUAAGCUUGCACAAGAAGGGACCCACACUGACUUGACUAAGAACCCUGCUCUUCAAUUCCCCUUGUAGUUGACCUGACCAUGUUUACAGCCAGUGUUGUGUAGUAUAUAAUACCCCAGCUCAAUACACGGCGUACUUAAUCCUAAUGCAAUUCCUUUCCGAAGCACGACCGCAAAGCAUUAUAUUCUGCCCAUAUGAACUAAUUUAUUUUGGUCCAUAGCCUAAAGAAAAUGAUUUAAUGAAAAGCAGCAAACAGACAUUGUUUCACAUUCUUUAAUAAGACUCAAACAGAAAAAGGCAAUAGCUACACCUCGCUUCAGUUUCCCACCCAAAUACAGGGAAACUCUACAUAUUUCAAUGUGUUGAGUGCGCAAGUGGGUCUGUGCUCUGUACGCAGCGUAGUACCUUCGUUGACGUGUUUUGCUCGACAAAGACGGAAGCAUUCCUUUCAAUUGAUUUUCCAGCUACAUUUGCAUGUCAGGCUAUUGUUAAUAACUUAAUUAGAUAAGGUAGGCAAUAUCCAGUGCAUGUUGAGAGAUGAGCUCUGAAUUGAUUACUUUUGUAAUUCCAUAGGUGCAGUGCACCUAUUGGCAUUUGUGAUAUAGGCCUAGUUCAUAGCUCUGUUUCAAAAACAUUGGUAGAAGUGUCCGACCAAAUGUCCCUAUUGAUUUUCAAAGGGCAGCUCAAUGUUAGAUAUUAGACCUACCCUAGGCUAGUAAGAAAACAAACAUACAACUCCUAGAUAAAUGGGGAUCAGUAGCUCGGUUUCCAUCCAAUUGGUGACAGAUUUUCAUGCGAAUACUCAAAAAUCUGCAUAAAAACAAUAUUCUAAUUUUCCCACCAAAUUUACUUGUUGUGGAUAAAAAGCUGUGCAUGAUAACGUAGUGCACAUAAUAAUUACUUUUGCGGUUAAAUUCCUAUGUUCCGGAAGAAAAAAAAAUACAAGUAAAUAGGUUUCCAUCGCAUUAAACUCUGUUUUGUCACAAAACAAAUUGUUAUACAGUGGGGUCAGAAAUGAUUGACAACUUUAAUGAAGAUGAGCAAUUACUGUAUGAAAUAAUUCAAAUACUGAGCUAUACUGUAUGCUCAAAUUCUUUUGGGAAAUUAUAUUAAUACAAUUGCUCAGAAAAUAGAUUGUUUAACAAGUAAUAUAAAAAAAUCUAAAGAAGGUGGGUUUCAAAAUUGGCUUCACUAAAGAUUCUUAUAAAUAAAGUAGUCAAGUUUAGUAUUUGUUCCCAUAUUAUUAAUGGUAAAUAAUGUAUAGUGUU